ACGCAACCCGGAAGAAGCACGGCGAUAGAUUUGUUUUUUAGCCGGCGAAGGUGUUCGGAAAAGUUACAUGGGUUAAGAAAAAAUAGCCAAUAAAGGAUCUGAAAUGCUGUACAUCUAAAGAGACAGAGCCAAAACAGAUGAAACAUGACACAGAGAGAUGGGGCAUUCUUUGUGUAUCUGCUCCAGGGGAACUGUUACCAUUGAUAACAAGCGUUACUAUUUCAUUCAGAAGCUCGGCGAAGGGGGCUUCAGCUAUGUUGAUCUGGUAGAAGGAGCACACGAUGGGCAUUUCUACGCCCUGAAGCGCAUUCUGUGUCAUGACCGAGAGGGACGUAAGGAGGCCCAGCAUGAAAUGGAGAUGCACCAGCUGAUUAGUCACCCAAAUGUGCUAUCCCUGAACGCGUUCACCUUUGUCAACAAGGGGAACAAGUGUGAAGCCUGGCUGUUGCUUCCCUUUGUCAAGAAAGGAAGCCUCUGGUCUGAAUUGGAGAAGCUUCGGGACAAAGACAGCUUCAUGUCGGAAAGCCGAAUUCUACAUAUCUUCGAGGGCAUCUGUGCUGGACUGCAAGCAAUCCAUGAAAAAAAUUAUGCACACAGGGACCUCAAACCAACAAAUGUUCUUUUGGAUGAAGAUGAUAAACCUGUGUUGAUGGACCUAGGCUCCAUGAAUCCUGCUCGUAUUGAGGUGAAGGAUUCACGGGAGGCCAUGACCAUACAGGAUUGGGCAGCACAGCGCUGCACAAUCUCAUACCGUGCACCAGAACUCUUCAGAAUGGAAAGCCCCUGUAUUAUUGAUGAGAAAACAGAUAUCUGGUCUCUGGGUUGUGUCCUAUAUGCUAUGAUGAUGCUUCAAGGCCCGUUUGAUCUCAUCUUUCAAAAAGGUGACAGUGUAGCUCUGGCUGUACAGAACAAUAUCUCCCUUCCAAAAUCCUGCAGGUAUUCCCAGGGACUGCAAGAUUUAUUGACUUCAAUUAUGGUGGCAAAUCCACAGGAGAGACCUGACAUUGCUUGGGUUCAUAAUCGUGUGCAGAACCUGCUGUCAAAUGAACCUUUUCAGGACUCUACAAGGGUUUGAGUUUAGUUGUGCACAUAGGCCUUGAAGGGAAAUGUGUUGCACAUGGGACACCAUAAACAGGGAUCAAGAUCAGACAUCCAGUACAAAGUGACAGCAGCUUGGAUGUGCAUCACUGGGAUAUCGAACCAGCAUCACAUCACACGAGAGAGACCUAAAUGCAAAGACACAGCCUGACUAACCAGAACUCUGUGAAGUUACUCUUAAAUGUUGUAAGGUACUUAAGCCCAUGGAGAACAGGUUCUGUGGCAACCAUGCUAACCAUUGAGCCACACACACUCUGAUUAAAUAUCACACUUGAUUUUGACAGAUUCUUUAUGCUAAUUUCCUAUUUCAUUAGAAAACCUUUUCCAUCCAGGAUUUUAAAAGUUAGUAAGCAGUUUGCUUAAGAUCUUAUACAAGGAGAUAGUGUUCUUACCAGUUUUUAGUACAGAAUCUGAAAUCUGACAUGGGGAAAUUUGUCCUUAAUAUUAAUGCUUAGUUUAAUUUCAAAGAGAACAAGAAAAAAUCCUUAAUGGUGUUGCUUAUAGUAAGGUUUUAACAGUUGUUUUAAGUGUUUUUAUAUUUAAAGUUUGUUGCAAAUUAUGCAGGAGUAACCACCAUGACUCCUCUAACAGUUUUUAUACUUAUCACUGUGUUCCAGAUUGGGGUGUUUUUACUACUUAAGUUGGAAUUUGGCUUGUUAAUCACCAUUUUUGGUAAUCAGUGACAUGUGUGAUUACUUGAGCGUCAUCAGUUCAGUUUAUUGUAUCAAGCCCUUGGCUCAGAGAGGAGUUGGGCUGAGACCACGCAUGCCUUGCUAAACCUCAAACUGUUUGCUGAUUCAUUACGUUCCAACAAGCCAGUUUGUCUGGUUUUACCAUAUUCAAUAUUUCAGUGCAACAUGUUUGAAUCAAAGGCUGAGCAGCACUCACAUUCAAGGACCAAUGGAUACUUGGGAUUGUUUUGUUUCCACAUUGCCUUUUUUGGUACUGUACAUGUCUAAUAUCUUUGUCGGCAUUCAAUAUUUUUGUUUUUAAUGUAGAUGUACAUGUUUUUUCAGUUCCACAUAGAGAUAUGUGCAGCUGCUAUUUUCUCAAGAGGUUUAGUGACAGAUCAGUUUACAUUUUCACAUAUUACCUGUUGAAAAGACGUCCUGAUUGUUGUUCACUAGCUACUGUAUGUGUGUAUACUAUGUGGAGCAUCAUCAGUGUUUGCGUCUGUACUUCCUUUAAUUUGGUAGGUUUCCUGCCCCAGCUGAGGAUCCACAUUUCUGUCAUUUUUAACUGUUUCUCUGUUGUCUCUGUAAAAUGUCUCAGUGUUUUAUAUUUAUGGUGUGGCCAGAGUUCAGUCACCUGUAAUGAAGUUAUAUACAAAUGUUAAUAAAAUAUAAAAA